AUGGUAAGUGUGCACGCCUGUAUAAAAUACCUCUGGAGCAUGCAUCCACCCACAGGAAACUUCCCAUGCCCUCUGUCACAUCAGGUCAGCUUUGUGAGCCAGUGGAAUCCAGCUCUCUGUUUCGUGCGGAGUGACAGUCACUGCGGUAUUUGGGUUCUGAAGAAAUCAAAUGAAAAGACAGGGAAGAGAAGCUCUUUUGCAAUGAUCUCUGCACAGCAGCCACCAUUCCCCAACAAAAUUCAAAGAACAAUGGACUGCCAAUCUGAGGAAGAAGAAACCUGUGAAGAGCAGUAUGACUCUAAAAACUGCACUUGCAGCUCUGAGCUUGCAGAAUCUAACACAGGCUCACCAGUAGCUCUUAAAAUCCUGCAGAACUGGGUUCCUAGAGUUUCACACUACUUUGAUAAAGAGCACUAUACGUACGUUGGCCACCAGAUUGUCAUUCAGGAAUCCAUAGAACACUUUGGAGCCGUGGUAUGGCCAGGGGCACUGGCUUUAUCUCAGUAUCUGGAAUCAAAUCAAGAACAAUUCAACCUCAAAGACAAAAAGGUUUUGGAAAUUGGUGCUGGAACAGGCUUGCUUUCCAUUGUGGCCUGUAUCUUAGGAGCUCAUGUUACAGCUACUGAUUUGCCUGAAGUUCUUGAAAAUCUCUCAUAUAAUAUUUCAAGAAAUACACAGAACUUGAAUAUGCACAAACCUGAAGUAAGAAAACUGGUAUGGGGAGAAGGCCUCAAUGAAGACUUUCCUGUAUCAACAUACCAUUAUGAUUUCAUACUGGCAACUGAUGUUGUGUACCAUCACGGAGCUCUGGACCCCCUGCUAGCAACAAUGGUGUACUUUUGUAAGCCAGGAACGGUAUUACUAUGGGCAAAUAAAUUCAGAUUCAGUACAGACUAUGAAUUUUUGGAAAAAGUUUGCAAUAUAUUUAACACAACCAUUCUAGCAGAAUUUCCAGAAUCUAAUGUCAAGCUGCUUAAAGCCACAGUAAGGAAGAAUUAAAGAGAAAACUAUUACUGAUCUUGAUUUAGUGGCAGCACCUCACAGAUUGGAAUGCUUUCCAAGAUUAUGUUGCACCUUCUGAGCAUUUAUGGUUGUAAAGUUGCAGUUGCAUCUAAGUUUUGCAUUGCAAGUAUUAAAAAAAAAAAAAAACCAGCAAGGCAAAA